AAAGAUGAUCCGGGCAGUGUUGUGUAAAGAAAGCGAACGGGUUUCCCAUAGCAGAACCCAUGUUGAUUAAAGACACGGUUCGUGGACGGAAAGACAAGAACAAAGUUCAGAUUCCAAUUUUCUCUUCAUAAGCUAUCAAAGAAUAUAAAUAAAUUACUUCUUACCCCUCAAUUUUCAAAUUUCUUCCCAUUCCAGAUUGCUGAUCUUGCAAUGGAGGUGGACGGAGGGAGUAGUUUAGCAGGUGCUAGAGAAGCUCAAAGCAUUCGUAUGCAAUCUGGGCGCUCAAUGGUUUUCUUUCAGUUUACACAACAAAAUCUCCCGGCUUGUAAACCUGUAUUAACACCAGCGUGGGUUAUUACAAUAUUUUUAUUGGUGGGCUUCAUUUUCAUUCCUACAGGGUUUGUGACUCUUCAUGCUUCUCACAGUGUUAUUGAAAUUGCAGACCGUUAUGAUAUCGAAUGUGUACCUGAGGUAUUCAAAAGCAAUAAGCUUUCAUAUAUUCAAAAUAGCUCAAUCCCCAAAAACUGUUCCUGGUUUCUGAAGGUUCACAAGUAUAUGAAAGCCCCAAUUUACAUCUACUAUCAACUUGAUAACUACUAUCAGAAUCAUCGACGGUAUGUAAAAAGUAGAAGUGAUUGGCAACUCUUACAUGGAUUGAAGCACAAUGAGACAACUUCUUGUCAACCUGAAGAGUUCAACCAUGGUCGCCCAAUUAUCCCUUGUGGGUUAAUAGCAUGGAGUUUAUUCAAUGAUACAUUUAAGUUUAUUCGUGAGAGAACAGAAUUGAUGGUCAAUCGUAAGAAUAUAGCAUGGAAGAGUGAUCGUGAUCACAAAUUUGGCAAACAAGUAUAUCCCUUUAAUUUUCAAAAUGGGACCUUUAUCGGUGGUGGAAGUUUGGAUCCAAGUAUUCCUCUGAGUGACCAAGAGGAUUUAAUUGUGUGGAUGCGAACUGCUGCUCUUCCUAGCUUCAGAAAAUUGUAUGGAAGAAUUGAAGAGGAUUUGGAUGAAGGUGAUUUGUUAGAAGUCCGCAUAAUGAACAACUACAACACUUACAGUUUUGGAGGGAAAAAGAAGCUUGUUCUUUCAACAUUGAGCUGGUUGGGUGGGAAGAACGACUUCCUGGGUCUUGCCUAUGUCUUUAUUGGCUGCUCAUCUAUAAUAAUCUCCAUUGUAUUUAUGCUGCUUCACGUGAAAAAUCCCAGGCCUUACCGCGAAACAGCUUAUUUGUCUUGGAGCCGGAAAAGUAUUUCUGGGUGAUGUUGCUUUUGAACGCCUGGUUUGGUUUAAAAUGCUGCCACCGCAUGUAUUGAUCUGAUUUUCAACCAUUUAUUACAGGAUGCAAUUUAGAAAGAGAAUUGGGAUUUCAUGAGUUAUUUACAAAUGCAAAACUUUUGUUGUGUUUUCAACAUCCCAGUCUCAUUUAUUAGUAAAUAUUUAGGAAAAGAAAGGUUACCAUGUCAAUACUAGUAUAUCCUUUUAAACUUAUUACAGAUUGAUGAUUUUAUUCUUCAGUGGAGACUGAGAGCCUCUGCUACAUUUAUUCCAUGUAUUUGUUUCUUGUGUAAGAAAUGAAGAAAAAAUAUUCUUUAA